GUGCCACAACUAGAAUUUGCUUGAUGAAUCGUAAACUUUUCCCUCAUUUGAGCUUCCGUAUUAAUAGUCAUUUCCUUACUAUUAAAUAGCUUUCCACCUAACAGCGCGGGUCAAUCCUCUUCUUCCUUAACUUUAAAAAAGACCACAACUAAUUGACAAUGACUAUAA